AUGAGUAAUACAUCAUUCACCAACGUAACCGUCGCAGGAGGCACCGGAUUACUGGGUUCUCAUAUAGCUGAAGGCCUGUUGAACGAUGGAUCAUUUAAAGUGAAGGUUCUUCGAAGACUGCCAAAAAACCCAAAUGAGAAAGCCGACCUGUUGGCUUCCAAGGGUGCAGAAAUUGUCUACGCCGAUUAUAAUCGGCAUGAUGAUCUUGUCAAAGUUCUUAGCGGAACCGAUGCUCUAAUCUGCACUGCAGCUCCCGGAGUUGUCGGGGGCGGUUAUGAUUUUGACGCUCUUCAAACUCCGUUGUUGAACGCUGCUAAAGCUGCUGGUGUGAAAAGGUUUAUUCCAUCUGAAUUUGGUAUAGAGGCUGAGGUUGGUGUUCAUCCGAUAACCGAUGCCAAAGCCUCGUUCCGUGAAAAGAUUGAACAAAGUGGACUUGAGUACACCUAUAUUUCGUGCGGAUUUUUUCCAGAAUAUCUCGGCUGGAUGGGGUUUGAUAUCAAAAAUAAGACUGCCAAAUUCUACGCAGACGGCAACACCAUAUUGGCCACUAUGUCUAUGUCAGAUAUCGGCAAAUAUACCGCUGAAUCUCUUAAAUUGGAAGAAAGUCGUAACGCCACUAUCAGGGUUGCUGGUUCGAGAUUUUCGCUAAGCGAGAUACUUGAAAAGUUUGAAGAAUCUACCGGUUCUAAAUGGAAAGUUGUCGUAGAUAAAGAAGUCAAACACAGAUUCCAGAAUAAGAUUGACCCAGUUCCUUCAUUAGUGGAUUUGUUUGUAGCCAUAUAUUUGGAAAAAUCAGCGUUCGAAAAUAUUGAUAACGACAAGUUUAGUUUUAGCCCUCGCUCUCUCGCUGACGAUAUAAACGUGCUUGUUCAGCAGGCAUCUGUUUGA